UCAUAUUAGUUACCAUAUUGUAUAUAUCAAAUUUUAGGACUAGGCAACAGUAGAUAUCGUAUUUAAUUAGUAUUCUAAUUUCCCAACUGGCAACCUUUUGAUUCACCUUAUUUGAGUCACCUUAGCGGAAUCUUCGGGCAGUUUAAUCAGCGAAAAGGGGAGUGGAUUAGUUGUUCCUACCGCUAAUAUUAUCUUUCUUUGGGGCAGUUUUGCUUCAAAAGAAGCACUUCUCAUGCAUUUUCUUUGAGGUUAUCUAGUCGCGGAAACAAUGCCACUGACCUAACAGGGACUCAAGCCGACAUUGGGCUGUCACUGCUCCCUAAUCCUAUCCCGCAUUGACAGCGGGGCUACUCGAAGGCUUCGGAGUUUAUAAUUCGGCAAGUAGUGAUGAAGAAUCUACUCCCUUGGAUAGUCCUGACGUUUUGGAUAUUUUUAGAGUGUAUAGAGGCCAAGAAGUCUUGCUGGUAUUUUGAAGGUGGAUACCCCAUCUACUUUAUAUGCCGCUCGUACGAGGACUGCUGUGGCACGCGCUGCUGCGUCCGGGCCCUCUCCAUCCAGCGGCUAUGGUACUUCUGGCUGAUGCUGAUGAUGGGGGUGCUGUUCUGCUGCGGUGCAGGCUUCUUCAUCCGUAGGCGCAUGUACCCCUCGCCCCUCAGCGACGAGCCUGUCUUCAACGUCUCCUUCACCAGGCAGCCCGUAUCCACGCCAGUAUCCCAGCAACCUGGCAUGGUGGGCUACGGCGACCCUGGCGUCAUGACAUCACCCCUCACCCCCACCUACCCUAUCCAGCUCGGCCCUGCCCACAUGAGCGCCUACCCUCCACCGCCCUCGUACUGCAACCACCCACCCCCGCCCUACGAACAGGUGUUCAGGACACCAGAGAAGAGGUAAAGGCUGCCAGUGUCUGUGGCGUCAUUGACGGAGACCAUUGGCAUCCCCUCCGUUUCUUCUCCUUCAUGGUGACCUCAUCACGAGCAGAACUGACAGGACAAGGAGAGGAGGGGACAUCUACAGUCUGUCUGCCACUGUUAUACCUUCAACAUCAGCCCAAGUGCUAGGGACAAGAUACCUUUAGAGACAAACUGCCUUCUGGGGACCUGUGCCGCAGGCAGUGGUCUUCUGGACAAAGACGGGCUGAAUUUAUCUCCGUAUCUCCACGGCUUGGAUGUCACUGUCAUUCACCCUUCCUCCAUCUUGCCCACUUUUUUCACAAAUGCAGAACUAUCCACCGCAGUCUCUUCUGCUGGCAAUGCCAUCUUGAUGGGCAUGGUCUGUGACUGUGAUAUGUACUGAGUCGCUCACAGAGUCCUGUAGAUGGGGGUUCAUGCCACAGACACCAAACUGUGGAAGUCGAUGACGAAAGCUUACCCAAGAUCAGCACAUUGCUUUUAGAUGAAUAUCGAUUCAAGUAAACAUUAGGGUUGAGAAGCUGAUCCAGGACCAAGGGCAUAAGACCAACCACUAUCUAAACUGUACAGGAGCAAUAUCAAAUUUGAGUUGAAAGACACCUUGGAGAAGUUGAAAACAAAAGGUGUUUAAAUGGCUUAAAAGGUUCAAAGACUUUCCUACUAUGAGGCUGAAUAAUUGGGCUUCUCUCUGUAGCUGGCUGUGUUCGCCUAACACUGAGAAAAUGUUAAAUAGACAAUAAACACUUGUCAGGAUGCGUUGUGCAAAUUGUGCCCAUUUGCUGUGAAGGGAAAGGAAACCGACCUGGAUUUAUCAGACCUAUUAUGUGCACUGGAGAGAGCGGUAAUUAUGAGAGGCCGAUUUGUUUGGAAUGUUUCAUUCACAUUAUGACUAAAAUGUAAAUGUAGAAUCAAGUCAACCAGACGGACCCCCAAUUGAGACCAAGACAAGUGGUUUCAAAUGACAAUUUGUCAGUGACUGCAUGGGUACGGUGAAACCUACCACAACUCUACCUACGCCAUAUUCUCUAAGCAUCCAUUUCCACUCGAAGUGAGAUGUGAUCCCCGUAGAAGUUCAGCCAUGGUUCUCAGAUCGACUUCAGUUUGUACAGUAAGGAGCUCAACCACAAUGAGGAUUAACCCAAAACGAUAUGUUUGUUUCACACACGUAGGUCGCAACUGGAUUACAUUUUGCAUAUGGGAAGCGUUUCUGACCAAUGGCCCAUCCCAGUGAAACUGCUUACUUACGGAUUCUCCAUUUCUGUGCUGCAAUAAUCUCUAGACAAAGUAGUGGUAGUCACAAAACCUAGCUGCACUCUUUCAGUAACCUAGUUCCUCAAACACGAUGUACCAUCUGUUCGCCAUUUAAACAUCUCCCGUUAGAAUGCUAACGACCAACUGGUUCUGCGUAGGUAGGUACAGCACUGUACAUACACCCUUACUGUGGUAAAAAUGCUUUUCGUGUAUGAAUCUGAAACCCUUUUGAAUUUUGGAGAAUAAAAAAAAUGGUUUGCUUUCACAUAAACAAGCUAUCAAGCUCACAUGUAGAAUGUGCAUGUAUAGUAGAGGCCCCAUGUCCCAAUGGUUGACCAGGUCCUCAAGCUGGCACUGACCAUUUGGGUGAAGGUACGUUCUUCUGUUUACACUUAUUUGUCAGAGUGGAUCAGGCACUCAACCCCUCCACAAAGGCAAUCAUGUGGAAAUGUCCUAAGAUAGGGCGUUGACUAUUUUCUGGGCAGGAUAUGAGACAUUACCAUCUGUUAAAACAGAUCGAACUAACCACCCAGUGUUAACGAUACAACUGUCAUUGACAUGGAAUGUCCUUGUAGAUGUUAGCCGGCAAACUGGGGUACAUAGACACUAUUAGAGCAGAACCAAGGAGGGAGAUCUAAUUUAUGGUAAGUGUUACUAUUGGAUGAUGUGUAUACGUUUGGCUAAUAUGACAUGUCUCUAUUUGAUCAUUUAACUAUGCAACCAAGGUUUAAAAUGUCAUUUGUAGAGUUAGGAUGUGCUUUUACUGUUGUACCAAGACGGUUGGUUUUCGGCAUUUUACAUGACAAAAAAAUAGAAAUGAUCCAUCCAUAUGGUUAAUAAAGUUUCCUUCCGAUAGAA